UUAGAAGUAAAUAGACUGAAAUAUGGCGAGAGAGUUUGGAAUUAAUGACCCAAACAAGUAAUACAAAAUGGUUACAUGAAUAUUUGUAUUAUUGAUGUUUAUGAUGAACAGAAAAGUGUCAUUAUAUCUUUCAAUCUAUGUAACAUUUUUGUAUGAUGUCAUAGAUUGAAUAAUUGACUAAAAAUGAAAAAGAAAAUCUACACCGAUGUACUAUUAAGAUUAAACAUUAUUAGUUAGUGUUUUAUAGCAACGUUAAAAUGACACGGUUUCUGAAUGUGUUCAAUAGACACUUUCUUUUGUUGCUAGCGCUAGUUUUCCAUCUUAUGUUUACAUCAUGUGUAGAUAUACAUCCGCCAAUCAACUGUAACUCAUCAUCACCAUUACAUCGUGUAGAUGUAGAUUUCACCACAUCUCGCAUAAAUAAUGAAUAUAUUGUUACAUUUAAUGGUUACUUUAAAUCUCAAGCUAGAAGAAGAUUUAUAACAGCUGCUCUACAUGAAAUCGGCAGCACAUCUUGGAGUAUUGUACCCAGAAAUAAUCCAGCCAAAGAAUUUCCUAGUGAUUUUGAUGUUGUCAAGUUCAAGGGUAACACAGAUACAGGGUUGGAUGCCUUGAAAGAUCAUCCACUUGUGAAAGGAGUGACCCCUCAUAAAAAAGUCACCAGAACCUUGAAGUAUACCAGAGUGAAUGAAGGAGAAGAUGAUGAUGAUGAUGAUGAUGUUGUUGAUGAACCUAUAUCAUCUACUCCACGGAAUAAAACAGAUUGGGAUCGAACAUUUCACUCAUCUAGAACUAUCAAUAGAAGAAGUCUUUCUUUGGGAACAGCUUAUUGGCAUUCUCCAAAUCGUCAUAGAUCUAGACAGUUGAAGAGGGCUGUUCCUAAACAGAUUGUGUCGGCUCUACAAGCAGAAAUAUUAUGGAGUAUGGGAUAUACAGGUAGUGGUGUAAAAGUUGCUAUAUUUGAUACUGGACUAGCAUCAGAUCAUCCUCACUUUAAAAAGGGUAGAAUAAAAGAUAGAACAAACUGGACCAAUGAAAAAACUUUGGAUGAUGGUCUAGGACAUGGUACGUUUGUUACUGGUGUUAUAUCUAGCUCUAAUGAAUGUCUUGGAUUUGCACCAGAUGCUGAUAUUUACGUGUUUCGUGUCUUCACUAAUAAUCAGGUAUCCUAUACAUCUUGGUUUUUGGAUGCGUUUAACUAUGCAAUAUUGAAGAAGAUAAAUAUAUUAAACUUAAGUAUUGGUGGACCAGAUUUUAUGGAUCAUCCUUUUGUUGAUAAGGUUUGGGAACUUACAGCUAAUAAUGUGAUAAUGGUUUCAGCUAUAGGAAAUGAUGGACCUCUCUAUGGGACAUUAAAUAACCCAGCUGAUCAGAUGGAUGUUAUAGGUGUUGGUGGUAUUAACUUUGAGAAUCAAAUAGCACGAUUUUCUUCCAGAGGAAUGACAACAUGGGAAUUACCAGCUGGUUAUGGACGUGUUAAACCUGAUAUUGUUACUUAUGGUUCAUCUGUUAGAGGUUCAGCUCUAAAGGGUGGUUGUAGAACAUUAUCAGGAACAAGUGUUGCUUCACCUGUUGUAGCUGGUGCUGUUACUUUAUUAGCCAGUGCUGUUCUUGAUCGUAAAGAUAUAUUAAAUCCAGCCAGCAUGAAACAAGCUUUAAUGGCAUCUGCCAGAAGAUUACCAGAUGUGAAUAUGUUUGAACAGGGUUUUGGUAAACUUGAUUUAUUAAGAGCUUACCAGACAUUAAGAACUUAUAAACCACAAGCAAGUUUAAGUCCAAGUUAUAUAGAUCUAACAGAAUGCCCAUAUAUGUGGCCGUAUUGUACACAACCUAUAUAUUAUGGUGGUAUGCCUGUUAUCGUUAAUGUAACUAUAUUAAAUGGAAUGGGUGUAUCAGGUGUUAUAGUAGAUAAACCAAAAUGGGAACCUUAUUCUCCACAUUUUGGAAGUAAUAUCGAAGUAUCUUUUUCCUAUUCUCAAACAUUAUGGCCAUGGUCAGGAUUUCUUGCCGUUUCCAUUUCUGUUGCUAAAUCUGCUGCAUCCUGGGAAGGAAUAGCGCAAGGGCAAGUUACUCUUACGGUAGAGACGGCUUCAGAGGAAGAAGAUGUUGACUCGAAGAAAUCCACAAUAAAACUACCCAUUAGAGUUAAAAUUAUAUCUACUCCACCAAAAAGUAAACGGAUAUUAUGGGAUCAAUAUCAUAAUUUACGCUAUCCUGCUGGAUACUUUCCUCGAGAUAAUUUACGUAUGAAAAAUGACCCCUUAGAUUGGAAUGGAGAUCACAUUCAUACUAAUUUUAAAGAUAUGUACCAACAUCUUAGAAAUAAUGGUUAUUUUGUUGAAGUUCUUGGUUCUCCUUUCACUUGUUUUGAUGCUAGUCAGUAUGGUACCCUAUUAUUAGUUGAUGCUGAAGAAGAGUAUUUUCCUGAAGAAGUAACUAAGUUAAAGAGAGAUAUAGAUAAUGGUUUAUCCCUUAUUAUAUUUGGUGACUGGUAUAAUGUCUCUGUCAUGAAAAAAGUUAAAUUUUAUGAUGAAAAUACCAGACAAUGGUGGAUGCCUGAUACAGGAGGUGCCAAUAUUCCAGCUAUUAACGAUCUAUUAUCACCACUUGGUAUGGCUUUCAGUGAUCAAGUUUUAGAAGGUGAUUUUAGUAUGGGAGAUCAUGAUAUGUAUUAUGCAUCAGGGACUAGUAUAGCCAGAUUUCCUGAUGCUGGUGUCCUAGUUACACAUACUCUAAAAAAUCAAGGAUAUGAAGUGUUAAAAGCUGAGACACAAAUGGCUGAGAAUGUACCUAUAUUAGGUUUAUAUCAAACACAUAGUAAAUUGACUGGUGGUAGAGUUGUAUUAUAUGGUGAUUCAAACUGUUUAGAUACUAGUCAUCUACAAAAAGAUUGUUUCUGGUUAUUAAGUGCUCUGUUAGAAUAUACUGCAUAUGAUAAUAUGCCUUCAAUGUUUACAUCAUUAGAUAAAAUACGUCUUCCAUCACCUGCUGAAUUACCUGAUAGAAUGGAAGGAAAUCAUCUGCAUCGUUAUUCUAAAGUUAUAGAAGGUAACCUUGGAACCCCAAUAUCCCGACCUUUACCCCCUUGUCCUAGUUUAAUAUGGGCACCACCACAUCCCAUCAAUAAAUCAGCACCAACGAAUUUAUACCAACCACAGAAAUUAAUGUCUGUAGGAAUUGAAGCACCAUUACCAAUGAUGAAAAAGGAAAGAGAUGAAUUGAUUGAUAUUAAACCUGGUUUAUUACCAGAACAACCUUUAAAUGGACCUAUUGUCUUACAGGAGUCAUCUAAUGUUUAUCCUAUUUUAGCUUUUAUAGGCACAGGACUUGUAGUCUUAUUUCUACUCAACCAAUACUAUCAGAGUCGUUCACGACCAAAACGAAAACGCACAAAGCCUCGCUCUCGGAAAUUUCAGCAGUUGAUUUAUGGUGCGAAGCUUCCUGGUGUUUGAAUAAUCUGUGAUAUGUGAAUUUAUUUAUGGAACCCUUUUCUGUGUUCAAAAUAUAAGGAAGUAACUUCAAAAUGAUGAUAAUCUACUAUGUAAGAUAAUGCAAGGGAAUUUGUUGUUUAAACUACCAUGCAAUAAUAUUGUAUAAUUUAAAAAUUAUGGCCAGAAUCAUAGUGUUAAUCCAGAAUGUUCUAUAUAGAUAACAGGGUAAAAUUCAGUAUAUUAAUUCAUUAUUGUUGAUGAGUAAAAUUAAUGGAACCAUAUGCAGUGUAUUGUUAAAAGCUAAUUGUUGUGUAUACUUGUAUAUAGCCAAUAAGACACAAGAACAAAAAAACUUUAAUGAAAGGGUAGUGUGCCAGUGAUGCUACUGGUACAUCUCUUAAAUUGAUUCACUGGUUAAAUAGACAUUAUGUAAGAUUUAGAUAAAGAGCUGGCUGUUCUUGCUAUAAUAGUUCAAAAAUAGAUAAUGCAAAAUGAAUAUUUUGAAACUUUCAUUCAAAUUACUUUAUUCAGAGCGAAAUUAUCAUUGUUUGAAGUUUUGAGAAGAUGUGGCAUAGAUUAUUAUUAUCAUAACAAUGGUAUUUGUUGUUCGAGGAUUAGCUUCGCUUCGCAAUUUUUAUACAUGGAUGUAUAUUGUCGUCACCCCUGUCUGUCCUGAGGACAGGUCACAAUUUUUAUCUGAUUUUGACGAAACGUGAAAUAUAGAUCUAUCUCCCAAAGAUCUUUGUUCCUUUCGAUAUUCGCACUUAUGGUAUCAUAACCUUCUGGGAUAUGGCCCCUAAUUGUACGAAAAAUCACGUUUUUAACUUGUGGUCCCUCUAGAGGACAAUAUACACCAUAAUGAUGGUUGAGUUCGAGUUAUGUGAAAGUCGGACCGACACUGUCGGAAUGCCUGCUCUUCGUACGCACAUAGUGUAAAAGUACGGUAUAUCAAGGUUGUCUUCCCUCUUGAGGUCACAAUUUUGAUCCGAUUUUGAUGAAACUUGAAAUACAUGUUUAUAUCACAAACAUCUCGGUUCCUUUUGAUAAUUGAACAUAUCCGAGCGUAUAACUACCUGAAUCAUGGCUCCUGAUUGUUCGAAAAAUCACGUAUUUGGCUUGUAGACCCUCUAGUGGUCAAACUUUGUAUUCAAUUUUAAAAACUGUUCAAAUAUAUCCUUGGUAUACCCGCAAUAAGCUUGAGUUCGAAUUUCGUAAAAAUCCAACCGAAACUGCUGGACAAAAUGGCUGCUUCUUGUAUGCAAAUAGUGUAAAAGUAUGUAAUACCAAGGUUGUAGACACACUAGAAGUCAAAUUUUUAUCCAAUUUUGAUGAAACUUAAAAUAUAUCUUUAUAUCCCAAAUAUUCAGUCCAUUUCGAUAUUCGCACAUUUCAGACCAUAACUUCCUGGAUUAUGGCCCCUGAUUGUAUGAAAAAACGCUCUCUUUUUUUUCUUUUUUUUUUAGCGUGUUCUCUUUCCAUCUCUUGCAAAAUGUGGGCUAUCUUGCCUGGCAACCGCUGGUGGAUAGACACGUAUGGAAUAUGUACUGAUAUUCAUGGGCUAAAUAUCCAAAGUUUCUUGUGAACACUCUUUAGACUACAUUUAUCAUCUGAUUGUUUUGAAAUUGAUAUACGUUGUUUACAUUAGUUUGAUGAAGACCCCUAUUUAAUAUCACUAAUUUCCAUUUAUUUCUUCUGGAGUUAUGGCCCUUAUUGAACCUUGUGAACAAAAGUUAUCAUCCGAUCUGUAUGAAAUUUAUAUGCGUCAUUUAAAUUAGUGAAUCAAAGAAGACUAUUUAUUUUCAGCAAUUUCUCUUAAUUGCUUCUAGAGUUUUGGCCUUUGUUUUACUUUGUUGAACCUUGUAAACAUUCGAUUGACAAAAGUUUUCAGCCGAUGUGUAUGAAAUUUAUAUGCAUUAUUUAAAUUAGCAAAACAAAUUUCUGUAAACUACCUCCAGAGUUAAGGCCCUUGUUUCAGUUUGAAUAACCUAUUGAGAGAGAGAGAGAAAUGGGGUUUAACGUCCACUCAACACAAACUUGGUCAUUUCAGGACUAACAUAUGGUUCAAUUUUAUUUCCAUAAUUUGCUUGCGCAUAGGGGUCUUUAGCAGUGGGAGGAAACCGGAGAAUAACCUAUUGAACCCCUAAACAACAAAAAUUAUAAUCUAAUCUGUAUAAAAUUGUUUUUCAAAUGUCCCAAUUACCUACAAAAGAAUAAAUAUGCAACAACCCUUGUUGACGAUUUAGCUGCUGUGGGAGCAUGUUUAGUUGCCUGGCAACUUAUCUUGUAAAUAGUCAUUAAUCCUUUUGUACAUUUUUCAUAUGACAUUUUUACAUCAGUGGAGAUGACUGAUACACAAAUGGAGCGGGAUUUACAAUAUAAUUCUCUAACUACCUCGUAAUGCAUGUGCUAAUAUGCUUACAGUAAGUUACUUUCCUGUAACUUCUUACUUACAUAAAGCAGACUGGCUGUUUGAACAUGUAAAAAUGCAAAUUUAUAUGAGGUACAUGUAUUUCUUUAUGUUGCAAGCACUAUAGUAGGAAUUUAUUACCAGGGAAGCAUAUGUAAGAAAUAAGUCAUACAUGCAUUGAGGUUUACAGUUAGAAUUAUGUUAUGAAUUCCACUCAGUAUACUCAGUCACUCAAUGUUACAUUUCUAGUUUUUACAUAAAUAUUAGUACAUGUGAUCAUUUUGACCACCAACUACUCAUAUGGUCAUAUGAGGUGUCUUCUUAUUGUUGUGAGUCAUGUGACUGUAAACAUAGUAAUCUAUAUUAAAUACAAUCAAAGUU